AUGCUUGACCUGACUAAUUUGUGGGCAGGCCCGCUAAUUAAGCUCACGGGAAAUGAUCUCACUGUGACUGGACCUGGAACGCUUGAUGGUCAGGGAUCGUGGUUAACUGGCCGCAGGGUCAGAAACAUCACCCGGCCGGUGUUCUUCCGCCUCAGCAGGGUUGCCAACUCGAAGCUGUCGGGCUUCACUAUCCAGAACAUGCCGUUCCGCACCUUCAGCAUUCUCAGCUCGAACUACACGACGAUCUCCGAACUCACGAUCGACUCCCGUGCCGGCAACGGCAGCGCCAAGAACACGGACGGCUUCGACCUGAGCAGAAAUAACCACGUGACCAUCUCAAACAACCGAGUGUACAACCAGGACGACUGCCUCGCUAUGCAGUCCAGCUCGAACACAAUCUUCAGCAACAACUACUGCAGCGGCUCGCACGGCAUUUCCAUCGGCUCGUUGGGUGGCCCGGAGCAGAACGUCAACACAACCGUCUCUGGUCUGCUGGUCAAGGAUAACACGAUCGUGAACAGCACAAACGGCAUCCGAAUCAAGACCAUCAUUGGGCUGAAGGGACUGGUGACCAACGUCACCUACACUAACAACAGGCUCGUCAACGUCAAGAAUGCUAUUGUCAUGCACUCAGAUUACAACAAGACCAAGGGCGGGUACUCGGGAAUCCCUUCUAGUCUGGUUAACAUCACAAACAUCAAGAUCGAUGGUCUCUUCGGCACGGCCACGAACCUGUACGAUAUUGUAGCCAACCCAGCCGUUGUGUCCAACUGGGAGUUCAAGAACGUCGCUGUUAAUGCCACGAACGUUGGCAAGUGUAACGGCGGGCCGAGCAACGUGCAGUGCUAA